AUUAUUUUUUUGUGCUGUACCUGAACGCAUCACACCUGAUUGGCUGAGGUAAUGUCUGUUGGCACCUUUUCCCCUCCUCCUUCUCAUUGGUCUCCUCCUCUUCCCAGUCUACUCUGUGAGUCUGAGCUCAGACACUCAGCUGAGCUUUGCCGGUGCAGACAGUGAAAUACCGCUGUUGUCGCUUCUAUCGCGGCUGCAGCUCGUGUGAGUGAAUGUCUGUGUGAGAGGGAAAAGAGACAGAAAUAAACGUUUUCUCUGGGGUCUCCUUCUUCAGGAGCAUCAGAUAUGAAUUCUUCAGAAACUCUGGUGAGGAAUUAGACUCGCCGCACCAGGAGUGAAGUCAAACCAAAGGAGAGACCUUGACAAUAGGCAGAGGAGUGAGUCAGAACAGGAACCAGGAUGAAUAUGAGGUGGAGUCCUGAGAAAAGAGCUUCCCAUGAAUGUGGAAGACUUGAGACUGUUGUCUUAGCGUGAGUCUGACCCCAGCCUCUGCCCAGCGAGGUCAGCAUGCUGACACUAUAACCGCAGCAAUGGUUUCCUUUCCUAUGUUGAUGAUACUGGGGCACAUUUUCCUGGCAACCAACGGUGUGUGGUGUUUGGAGCUACGGGACGGUGUCUCUCUCCAGGCAGGUGUCGUCAAUCUACCGUGGAAGGAUGAGGUGUGCUGUGACUCACUGACAGGAGGCGGCAAAGAAGAUCUCAAGACAAACAGCACUGAGUCCAACCUCCUACACUGCAGCAUCAGGAGCUUCACAAACACAUCACUUCCCGUGAAGCCCUCAGGCCAUGGCAGUUCGUUCAAUACAGGCAUCUGUCUGGACAUACUGUGCAGGCUUGAUGAAAGCUGGGAAAAAUUGACAUGUGAGCUGACGUCCAACGGCCCGACGUCAACCAGCAGGGAGGCAGGUCGUAUGGCCAUCAGCCUGCAGCGUGUGUCCCAGAACGGGGGAUCACAGGCUGAGAGUGUGUCUCAUAAACCUGUUGUUUGUGAAGAUUAUGAUUCCAUUAUUUGUUCUGUUGUUCUGGACUCCACACCGACCUUCAUCUCCGUGGAAGUCGUCAGCAUCUCCGACAACAUCAGCUCUCAGCCGGUUUACCUGAGAAUACCUGCACAACCUGGGAAACCCAGUCCUCCUGUCAACCUGUCACAUGUCCAGACCAUCCAACCAGAACUGAUUUUAAUGUGGAAUGAUGCAGAGUAUGACCCUGCUACUGACCUGAUGAGAUACGAGGUCCGAUACUCUUUCAACAGAACACACCCGGACUGGCAGGUGGUGUCUGUUCGUGGGCAGCGAAGAGUGUCUCUGGAUCUGCAGCACAGCAUCAACUACACAACCCAGGUCCGACGCUCCCGUCUGGGAGAGUCUUCACUGUGGAGCGACUGGAGUGAGAGCUACUAUAUUUACAUAAAGACUGUGAGCUACAUCCCAGAAAUAGGGUUGACACGACCAGGAGAGAACAUAACAGUCUAUUGUGUGUUUAACGAUCCCAGCAUCGAUGCCAGCAUGGCUGUGUGGACGCUGAACAUGAACCAGCAGCUUCCUCAGAGCCAGUACCACGCAGUUAACCGAUGGGUCAGUCAAAUCACACUUCAACCUUCACAGUCCCGUAUGUACGACCUAUUGCAGUGCACACAGGAAUGGAGCCUCCCCUGCAGCAAGAUCUACAUACAGGGAUCUUCCAUUGAUAUAAACUGUGUUACCAGUGGUGGUAUUGACGCAAUGGAAUGCAGAUGGAAUUGCAAACAGUGGCGCAAAACUGAAUUUCAAUACAGGUGGGCUUAUCUGUCAUGCAAGGAAAUGGAGGAGAUGGACAGAGCGGGUGAGAACGUGGGGGAAACGGGGCCUCCCUGUCUUCAGGUCACGUCCCAGGAGAACAUGUGCACCAUUCAAACUCUGAGGAUGAGCUGCUACAAGAUGUGGCUGGAGAUGCCUUCUGAAUCUGGACCCAUUAGCUCCAAACCCAUCUACCUGUCUCCCUUAGAUCAUGUGAAACCGCAACCACCAACGAAUGUGAAGGCAGUGAGCCUGGCCAGGGGGGUCCUGAGUGUCACCUGGGAAUGUCCGUUGUUGCCGGUCGAGGGGCUCCAGUGUCAGUUUCAGUACCACUCACCGUCCGCAGUGAGAGCUCAGCCGGAGUGGAAGGUUCAGAGUCCGGUUCGGGAUCCAUGGUCAGAGGUAGUCGUGCCUCACAUGUGCCGGGUGUAUGUGGUGCAGGUUCGAUGCAUGCCCGCCAACGGCAGCGGCUACUGGAGUGAGUGGAGUGAAACUGUCUACUCUACACCCCAGAACAGCAGAGCUCCUGAGAGAGGUCCAGACUUCUGGAGAGUUCUUCAAGAUGAUCCAAACACAAACCAGACUAACGUCACACUCCUGUUUGAGGAUCUCCCCACAUCCAGACACUCUUACUGUGUGGAUGGGUUUAAAAUUCACCACCAGACUUCAACUGGUCCUGUCAUCAGUAGGUCAGUGGAGCUGGUGUCCUCCUACAGCUUUGAGUGGAACCAGGAGGUCCAGACUGUGACUGUCGAGGCCUACAACAGUCUGGGCAGCUCCACCAACAACAUCAACAUGACACUGGAAAAACCGCCCAAACGCCACUGUGUGCAGAACUUCCAUGUGUUGGUUGUCAACAGCACCUGUGUCUCUCUGUCCUGGAGCCUGCUGGAAAACAGCUCUGUGCCUCUCUUCAUGGUGGUCCAGUGGUUUCCACACUGGCAGCACCAUCACAAGGUGCAGAGCAGAAAGACCUGGGCCAGACCUCCCUACACUGCCGGUCCUGUCUAUCUGACAGGUGAAUUCUUUGGCUCCGAGGAAUACGGCUUCUACUUGUACCCAGUGUUUGCACAUGGAGAAGGAGAACCUGUGUACACCUUAGCAGCCCCCAGAGGAGACCCUGCAGCCUUCAUGAUGGUGUUGCUGGUCUCCUUUCUCUCAGUCAUCCUGGUGGUCAUUCUGAUCCUCUCCAAAAACCAAAUGAAAAGAUUUGUGUGGAAAGAUGUACCCGACCCCAACAAGAGUUCCUGGGCCAAAGGAAAGGACUUCAAACAGGCUGGUUUUCAGCAUCUCUUUCAAACUCCAGAAGGCCUACCUGCCUGGCCGCUGCUGCUGCCCUCAGAGAACAUAUCCCACGUGGUCAUCGUGGACAAACCUGACCUCUGCACUCUCACCAGAGCCAUUUCCCUUCCUCCUGAGUCUGACACAGAGCUGGACCACAGUGGGGAGUUCACUGAGCUCAGCGGGUUGAUGAUGGGUGAAGCUCCUCCGUUAGAUCAUCUGAACACCUCAACAAUGUCAUUACCGAGGAUAGAUGAUUUACUGCCAGAUGAUUCACGAACAGACCAGCACCCAGACAGUGCAGAGAACUCUGCACAGUCUUCAGUCACAUAUUCCACUGUGAUGCCUCCUGACAUGAAGGAAGAGCAACAUUGCCACUACAGGGAGGGGAGUGGCAGCAGCUCCAGCGAUGAAGGCAAUUUCUCUGCUAACAACUCCGACAUCUCAGAAUCCAUCCCAUGUGGCCUGCAGGAGCUGGGCAGCUGCCAGGGAGGAGAGGUGGACGACCCUCGACGUUCCUGCUCCUACAACUCUGUGGAGGAACUUUCUGAAACAUCGGAGCAGGAAGAUGAAGGUGAAGCAGGAAGAGAGAAGGACUUGUACUAUCUCAAAGUGGAGUAUCCAGAGGAGGAAGAGGAGGAGGAUGAAGAGGGGGAGAGGGAGGACAAUGAGUGGCACAGAGAAGGUGCUGCGAAAUUAAAAGUACACAAAAAUAUACUUUUGAACAGAAGUGACUGUUGCGUGGAGUCACAGCCUCUGCUGAGGGCCGAGGACCCCGGCACACCGGUGGAGACCCUCGCCUCACUGCUGUACCUCCCUCAGUUCAGAACUGCUCCAUGUGUGAGGCAACUGUCAGAGAGCCAAACUCAGCUGUGAGCCUCACACUGACAUUAAAUCAACCUGAACUUAGUUAAAUAGGACUGAGGGUCUGGGACUCACUUUUCACUUAAGUGGGUUUUAUCUGUUCUGUUGUUGAAGGAGGAACAAAAACAGGUUUUCUUUCUUUGACGACCUUAUCAAUGUACAAAUGAUUGUGUUUUUAUGUUAUUUGCUGCUAUUGGUUUCUUUUGGUGGGAAAAGUCAUGAAGGCAGAAUUCAUACUCACAUGUAUCUUUCUUUCUUUCUUUCUUUCUUUCUGUAGUCCUCCUUUCCCUUUUCUGCUCCUUCCCUCUCUUUUUCUUCAUCCCUUCCCUGCUUUCUGUCUGUCUUUCUCACUUCCAUUCGUUUGUUCUUUCUUUGUCCUCUCACUUUUCUUCACUCUUGGCUUUGGGGUCUGUCUUGUUCUAGGAUAGAGCAAGGCCCAAUCACCUGCACAGACGACAAGGCUUUUCAACAUUCGCAGUUUGCACAUGAUCAUCUGGAUGGACUGACUCACUUGCCAAAGAAGGUAUUUUUGUAGCGUGUACUGUAAAAUAUUUGCCACCAUUUUUGAAAAAUACGAGCUAUUUCUGUCUGUGUUUGAACAUGAACAUCAACACGUGCUGUCUUGUUUUAAAAAUAAAUAUAUAUGUAUUUGAAAAGAGGACAGGAUAUAAAUGUGGUAAAGAAAUAGAUAUUCUAUAUGCAAUCUAAUUUUCAUGGUGGAAAUAAAGUAUUUAUUGUGAUUUCAAAUUAA